AUGCUACAGACCGUACCUAAUUCAACAUCUAUUCUGAAUAUUAAAGUUAUUAAAACAUUAUACAAUACACCGGAACACGACAGAGUAACGAGCGAUAAAUAUUUAAAUCAGUUUAAUAGUUCAGUGUGGUACAAUAUCUGGCACACCGGUAGUGCAACAACUGCUUCAGCUUCAACAACCACACCAACGUCUGUAUCAACACCAUCAACAGUGGUGACAAGGCGGCCGUUCCGUGUCGCCAGCAGACGUCGUAUUGGAGUUCCAACGACCACAACCACUACUACCACCACGACCGCUGCUCCUUCCACUACCACUUCAACCACUGAAACUCCAACCGCUGCUGUUCCCCAAGCGGUCACCAACGCUUAUGAAGAUGAAGAGUCCCUACAAGAUAUUGGCGAUAUUGACGCAAUCGAAGACCCAACUCUCGAACCAAGAGAACCGAAGAAGUCGACCAAAAUCCAAAGACGACCUCUGGUCAACUUGAAAGAAGAAGUGAAGGACCAGAAUCCUUCAGCGACAAACGAAGAAGAGAACAAGAGACAGAGCAAGAAAUACAGCGCAACGAUCAAACAGAACCAGCUCAACGACUUGCUGAAGCAGAAGAGUCAGGAGGAGACGACCACGGAGACAAAAAGUACUGCUGAUGAUUACAGUGCUGAAACCGCUUUAGCUAUAGCAGCUCACCAACUUAUUACUGCACCCAUACCAAGCAUACCAGAUUUCGAGGAAGAAAUCAAACCGACAAGAAAGACACAAACUACCGUAGAAUACAAAUACUCGAGCCGGGAAUACAAUGAAUAUACUGACAUUAGUCAAACACCAACUUACGAUGACUAUCAAAGCACACCAAUUUACAAGAGUACUUUAGGAAAUACCUUUGACCAGACAACGGCUUACAAGAACCCUGUAGACUUCGAAGCAACGAAAGUAUCAAAUGACUUCGAGACUCCAAAGGCUCCAACCACUUCUACAGUAUUUUACAAGACUGACUAUGCUCAAACUACGUCCAAUGAGCCUUACACUUCGGCCUUCGAUGCUCCCAAAAUUUCCACCAAUACAUUCGACGUACCGAAGACAACUUCUUUCCCUAAUACUGUAAACACAGCUAACACUGCAAAUCUUGGCUUUGUAAGAACGAAUGCAAAUGAUUACAGCAUUACAUCUGCAUACGAUUCUAAAGUAACACCUACAAGUUACAGCCCAAGGUCAUCGUCUACCAACUUCCCUAACACAGCGACGAACCAAGACUUUGUCAGAACAACAAUCGGAGAUGUGUACAACACACGAGGUGACUACAACUCUAAAAUUUCCACAUACCUCCCGAAGGCAACCGCCACUAACUUCCCAACUAACACUGAAACAGUGAAUACCUAUUUGGACACUUCGACAGAAUUUGUAUCAAAGACAUCUCCGACGUAUGUACCGAAGUUCCCCUCAACAGAUUACCAGAACACAAUAAGCAAAGAAUACGUGCAGUCUUCACUGAAUACUUUCGUGGCACCUACAGAAUUGAAUGCUCCUAAGAUUUCUUCGUCAUUAGCACCUCCUUCUCCCACAAGAUACUUUGAGAGAACUACGUUCGCAGACACACCUACUGAUAGCUCGCCAAGAGUUUCAACUGCUACGACUAAAUUCUCAAGAGGUGGAUCUAGAUACCUUCCGUCUUCAACAGAUGCUUCUACAGGGUACACUGGAGUCCAAAGGUCUUCCACUCCAAGGUACAGAACAGAGAAGUUAAUACCAGUUCCUGUGGACACUGGCUACUCCACUGUUGGUUACACUGGAUCCAGUCAGGAGCCCUCGUACUUUACCAGAGAAUAUCUCCUGGAGUCGCCUGUUACAAAGACUUAUGAUGCUGAAUACCAGUAUCUGUCACCGGUCACCACACCACAAACGCCCGCCACUCAGCCAACAAGGAAGGUGAUCAGAAAGAAACUCCAACGUAAGAUCUCAACCACUCUGCGACCGACGGACCCUCCCGUACCUUCUUCUACUCCCGUACCACGACGAGUGCCAUCGAAACAACCUUUCGAGAAGAUUCCCAAAGGACCAAAGAAGACUUACAGGCCCAUCGCAAACUACGACUACUAUGACGACAGCGAUGAAAAGGUUGCCGUCAAAUAUGUUGAAGGAACCAAGAUCGUGAUGAGAGAAGAUGGUCGCAUCGAGUGUCUGGACAUCGGUAACUUCCCUCACCCGAAAUCUUGCAAGAAAUUCAUCUCAUGCGCUCGCAUUGAGAAUGGUUCAUUGCUCGGCUGGGAAUACAUCUGUCCUAAAGGAUUGAGCUUCGAUCCCGUUGGAGGAAUUUGUAACUGGUCGGCAGGACUUGGGUGUGAUGAGAAAGAUGUCUGAAAGAAGAUGAUGGAAAGUAGAAAAAAUGAAUUAGGAACGAAUUGAUAAAUUAAACGUUUAGUUGCGUUCAAGAAAUUUGAUUUUUUAUAGGGACUGUCAAAACAUGUUCUGAUUUUAAAUUAUUUCUUUUCUCGAGGACACUCUUACAAGUUUGAAUAGGGUCUUUUGAAAUGUCCUAAAAAGUUCUACAUACCUACAUAUUUAAUGCGUGUAAAUAAAAAUUUAGAUUGUAACUUAAUUUCUCAGCCUUCUUAUUAUUUCACUUUUCAAUCUAUAUUAUAUAUUUUAUACAUUAAUGUAUUUUGUUAAUGGUCACAAUAAUAUGUCAAAAAUUUGUAAAAAUCAAUGUGAUACUAUAUUCUGUAAUGAUGACUGAACGAAUAUAAAUUAAAUUUUUUAAUA